UGAACAUAACCAAGAACUAUAAAUACAGCCAAAUAAACAAACCGCAGUGCAGUGUGUUGUGGAGUUUUGUUCGAUCAACAUCUAAAUUUUGCAGUUUUCUCUCAAAAAUCUUCCUCGAAAAUGGAUUUUCCAACUAAUUGGGACAUUGAUAGCUACAGGGCAUCAUACGAGAGUGAUGAACACUGGGAAUUGAGACGCCGCUUCAUGGAAGUUCACAAGGAAAAGUUUGGAGAGGAAGAGCUUGUCUGUCUGGCACAAACAUUCACAAAUAUUGAGUUUCUGGGAUGCAGGUACCCAUCGGAUACAAUGAAACUGGUGGCAGAGCUCUCAAAAGACGUCGCGAAGGAUUUCCGGAAGAAGAGGGAAUCGCGCCUCAAGAGAACCUUCGUUCAGGCCUCAGAUGCUGCAGAAGCCAAAGUCAAGAGGAUACGGAAGUAAUUUUUUUUACUGACUCACCACGACCUGCAUUGCUUCAAUCUCUGGAUUCGUAUUUCUUUGUGAUUUGUUGCUGGAGUCUCGCGGAGGCAGACUGGAUCAACUCAUUGGGAGAAUUAAGAAGGCUAGUCCACGGGAUCUGGUUAAUCUGUAAGGGAAAAAAAAUUGUCAAGCAUUGAAUUUUUGUGGAAUAAAUUGUAAUUCGUUUACCUUGGAGGAAA